AUGGUGCUUGUUCAUAUCGUCCUGUUCAAGUUCAAGCCCAGCGUCUCCCCGGCGCACAAGGAGGCCUUUGCCGCAGAGCUCAAGCGGCUCCGGGACCUGCCGAGCGUCCUGAACAAACGGCUGGUGGUGGGCGGGCCCUCGGUCACGGAUCCCAUCGCGCGGAGCAGAGGCAAUCACUUGGCCCUGGUGAGCUACCACGCGAGCAAGGCGGCCUUGGCAGAAUACCAAGCGAGUGACGAGCACCACAGGCAAGGCGGCAUGGCGGAUUCGACGCUGGGCAUGGUGAGCUGA